GAAAGAGAACACCACUAAAUAAACAUAAUAGGCCGCAUAUGCAACGAAGUAACUAUAUAUUUUCAAAAGACUAUCUCAAAAAAAUUUCCAUGCGCAACAAACUAAUGAAAAGGCAUGUUACACAAUUUUCAUCCUUCAGUUCAACAUUAAAAAUAAAUGCAAAAGAGAGAAGACAUGAUAAAAAUCAAUCUAGUACAAAACUUGCCGCUAACAUCCAAAGACUUCUAUCUCUGCAAAAACAUGAUAAAACCAAUCAGAUAUGAAGCCUCUUCAGAAGCAGAAAAUUUAUUGAGAAAUCAUACAAUGCAUUGUGUAACUUAUUAACAAAAUAAAAAACUGAAUAUGAAUUCAACGCAGAGAAAAAAAAAAAAUUUAGUUUUCUUAUAGUACUGCAUAACCGUUUGUAUGUAUCCACAUCUACUACUCCUUGUUGAAUUUGAAUUCAAGUUUUUCAUGUUUCCAACUUCCACCACGAAAGUAGCCGACAGUUUUAAUAAUAGAUGGAUUUCCCAUCGGGUGGCAAUGGUUGCCAAGAAAUUAGUUACUAGCAAUUAAAAAAAAAAAAAAUUCAAAAAUUUGAAGUGCUUCUGCGUAACCAAAACCAUGUAUAAAUAAAUCAACCAAGCACAUAAUAAAAACCAACAAUCCAAUACUCCGAACGUUUGGUGAUCUUUUUCAAUAAAUUUCAAACUUGAUUCUUGUUCUUCAUUUCUUUCAAUAUUCAAAGCCUACAUAUCUUUUGAUCCCAAUAUUCUCAAAAAAAUGGAGCAAAGUGAGGGACCAAUUGGGAUCAAAAUCUACAGUGCAUCACAACGUGUCGAUAAUACUACUUCUUCUAUGUACAAUACUAAUUUGCCACAAGAUGUUCCAAUCCCAGAAUUGCCUCAACCACCAAUUGGUGGCAAGAAAAGAAGAACAAUGGCAAAUGGGGUUCAAAAAACACUCUCAAAAACUUCAUUGCUCGUGAAUUUUCUCCCAACAGGAACACUUUUAACUUUUGAAAUGCUCCUUCCAUCAGUUUUUGGCAAAGGGGAGUGUUCUCCAAUUACCACACUGAUGAUUUUGUCACUUCUUGGCAUUUGCACUUUGUCAUGCUUCUUCUUCCAUUUCACUGAUAGUUUUCGCGGUCCGGACGGGAAAGUUUACUAUGGAUUUGUCACUCCUAGAGGGUUGAAAGUUUUCAAGACUGGACUUGGUGUGGAAGUGCCAAAAGAUGAAAGGUACAUUGUGGGAUUCACAGAUUUCGUGCAUGCACUGAUGUCUGUUUUGGUGUUUGUGGCGAUUGCAUUUUCAGAUCAUAGAGUGACACUUUGUUUAUUCCCUGGACAUGCAAAAGAACUAGAUGAAAUCAUGAGGAGUUUCCCAUUAAUGGUGGGAGUUAUUUGCAGUGGACUUUUUCUUGUUUUUCCUACUACCAGAUAUGGCGUUGGAUGUAUGUCUGCUUAGCAAUUUUCGAGUAUUAUUAUUCUAGUUAUUUUUUGGGGGAUUAUGUUUUGUAGGUUUUUUUUUGUGUCCUAUUUUCCAAGUAUAUGUGUUGUAUAUUGUAAUGUAAGCAAUUUCUCUGUAUUUUUAGUCAAUUGGUAACAGUGGAACGAUGUUUAGAUCUAUGGAUUCUUAAUUUAUUGUAUGUAAG